AUGAAGGCGACCGCGACAUCCACAGUUGUCGCUGUGGUACCCGAGGACGGUUCGAAUAAGAUUGUGGCUGAUCCCUCUCCUAAAGAUAUCGGAGAGGCUACCUCGCUACACGCCCUUGCUUUCACCUCCCACGAUGAACUUCUUCUUUCAGAAAGCGAAGGCGACUUCACCGUCAAGGAGUGGGACGACGUGUACGAAAGGGCCCAUCAGAUUUGCUGCCAGACUACCUCGAAGCAGGCAGGGAUCGAUAUGAUGCUUGACGAUGACGCAUCCGGCCCAGAUAUGCGCCAUUUCCUUCGGUCGGCGCUGGAGACCAAGAUAGCAUCCGACCUUUACUGGAAGUGA